GUGGACUAUCCGGUAGCUUGAGAACUGCCAGCCUGCGUUAAACAGCCGUAUUAUUGUAUUCGCUCCCUCUAUCCGUCCCUAUUAGUCCAUUACACUAAUUUGUCAGUUGUGCAGUGCUGAAUACUGGUCUCGGCAGAUGUUGCGCAGGGUUGGGUCCGGCUCAUGGCUAUUUAAUUGCUUCCUUCCCCGUGUAACUUGUUUCCCUCCAUCUGUGGUGUAACUCAUAAUCCAUUUUUACAUGUUGGAUAAUUAUCUCUGUGUCCAUUUCCACCCCCACAAACUUCGAGUUGUUGUCGUUUUAUUACGUUGGAGAAUUCGCAGACCGUGAGCCAGAAAGUUUCCAGGAGGGGUUUGUGUGUGCGGAGUGUGUAGCUUAUCCUUGAUCAAGUUAAAUGCCAAUGCAGGCCUUACACAUUUACAGUUAGAUCCGCGUGAUUGGCUUCUGUGAUGACUUUUUUUGGGAAGUUGCGGGUCCAUCCCUGGAAAAAAACCCCGAAAAGUUGCAGUUGUUGUCUUUGCUGCGGCGCCUGAUGCCUGCGCCCCACAUGUUGGCACCACGUAUGGCUUUAGGACCGGCUGUAAACAGUGUCAUGUAAACACAACACGGGAACAAACAGCAGCAGGGAGACGUCUGAAAAGGAAUUCCGUUUUGUGUCCGCCGAGUCUUUUUGUGUUUUGGGGUUGAAAAGUUCAGAUGACCCCCUCAGAAAGAAGUCACUCUCGCUUUGUGCUGACCUCUUGUCCCGAUCAGAGCCAGGGCGAGAGCGGUCACCUCCUCCAGCGGUUAAUGGUUCCAAAAUACUACAAAAAGGAUGAAAAGUAGAAAGCUUGGACUUAUCUUUCGACCCUUUAUGGAUUUAUCAUUUUUGUUUUUCUUGGCCUUUUUGCGUCUGCUUUUAUGGGAAGGAUGUGACUCAUUGCUCGUGUUUUUUAUCAGAACAUUUCAGACCAAAUAUGCUCAAAGAUAACCAAAUCCUUUGAGAAGGGAUGGAGAGGUUUUGCAGCCGAAUAUCAGAGAAAUAUCCACUCCACCUUUUUUAAAACUUUCUUUAGACUGUCGGAUUUGGAAACAUUUUACGCAGCCUUCCUGCCUAUUUAACCUAAAUCUAAACAUUAACCUUUGGUGUAAAGGUCCACAUCAAAAAAUAUAUAUUUCUAACAAAUGUCAAUGUUCACUUUUAACUGCAGAACAAACAGAACCCAUAACUUGUAAUGACUUCUGACUCUUUUCGCACCGAAGCUGGAGAGAAGCUCUAUUGGAAAUUUGACCACUUUCAGAAGAAAUACAGGAAACCAAUGCAAAAUCUUCUUUGAAACAAACUCAUUGAAAAUCAAUGGAUGCAUUGUUAGUCAAUUCGAUCCAUCCAAACGACACUGCUGAAAGUCCUCGGUCAUAUUGCUUAAACAAACGUUGUGCAUUGCUAUGUAAAGAGGUCACCAGCCUAACAAAAUAUGGAUUUAUAUUCUUCCCAGAGAGAAUGCGGCUAUUUGGAAAUUAAAACCUUCGCCAAUCUUUCAAAAGGAGAAAUUUGGACAGGGCCCCAUGUGCGGCGCGCUGCCAGGCGGGGAGAGGGAGGGAGAGGGAGAGGAGCGCUGUGUAGGUUCAUCUGGAGGUCAGCCACAGCACCAAGAUAAAUCUGCAUCCUCUCAGAGCCACCAGCAGAGCUCGCUUUAGGCCAAGUUCACUGUCACCCUGCUGUAUGGAGAGAGGAGAACCACUCACACAUCCACGGCACCGCGCGCACACACACGCCUUCACGCUAAUGACAAGUUUGCUUGGCGUUGCCUAUAAGCAUAAUGCGUAAAAAUGAAUUUACCAAAGGCCCGAGCGCCUGUGGUAACACGCAGCACUGGAGGAAAGAGGCUGAGCGGGGAACAGAGAGGAGGGAGUCUAACUUCGAGUGUUGCCUCCAACAAAGACUUUUGGCUGCGUUGCUUUGCUCUAUAACGCUAAUGAAUGAUUUGCAUAUUUUACGGCCCUAUUAGUCUUAAGUGGGAGCCCAUCGGAUUGAUCAUUCCACUGCCUCCUUGGAAACAUCACAAAGUCACAAUUGCAUUUCAGGUCUUGUGCUGGCAUCUUCCCACUAAUUAUGAAAUUCGUGGAAGUGAUAGUGUCGAUGGCGAGAGGUGUACACAUUGUUGAAAUGAAUUUUUCAUUUCAACAGAUCCCCAGAUCUCCCUGGGCUGGGACUGAUGAGAGCGAGAUAGCUGCGGGAGAGGAGGAAAAAUUGGGGUCAAAAGUUUACGCGCUGAACAAGUCUCCGUCAUCUGUUCACUCGGAGCCUGAUGCCAGCCUUAUAAUAGCGAUCUUGACUCUCCACACAAAAGAGAGAAUAGCUUUGAAUUACAUAUGUGGCACGGUGCACUCCAGGUGAACCCUGGAAGCGCAGUGACCUCGCGUUUGGAACCGGGGGAGGGGGACCCCCUCCGCCCGUCCCCGGCAACAAGAUUGAGUGGCUGGCGUUUUAUUAGGGCGGUUGAUUGGUGAAUUUCUUUUGAAUAAAUUGCAUUUGAUAUGUUUAGGGACGAGGGCAGCAUUUGCAUUUCGAGGAUUGAUACUCUCGACCCGGUCACAGGGUAAUGGGAAGGCCCUGAGCCCCCAAACUGUGCCCCCGGACCCCUUAAAAAACAUUUAGCCCCUCUCUUCCUGAUAAGCUGAAUAGAAGCCCUUUAAGAAAACUGAAAUGGCACAGAUGUUUUUUGACCCAUAGAGAGAAAGCUUGUUUUUCAAAUAUUUAUAUAUAUUUGUACCAAUAUGUUUCAUAUGCAUUGUAUUGUUUACUAGGCCUAUGAAAACGCCACUGGAAAAAUUCGCUUUUUUUUAGAUUUUACCUAGAUAGAACCUUUGGUUGUAGGCGUAAGGGAAGAAUAAAAAAACACAAAAGAUUGCUGGUAACAGAAAAUGUAUUUAUUUCCUUUAUUUCUGCUUUAAAAACUCAAAAGUAAAACCGUCUCCUCAAUCCCGAAACGUAUCCAGGGCAACAAAACACAGAUUCCUAAAAAGAAAGACAAAAGAGUAAACAGAAAAACAUGGCAACAAUUUCUCGUAUGAAAAAAGGCAAAUAAAACCAGACUAUACUUUCACUUUCGAUUUUGGCUUUUUUUAAAUCGUCAUGUUAACAUGAAAUUGUUGUAAAAUAAGCAUCUCCCCCAAAUCUCCAAAAGUUUAUUUGUGAAAAUUCAACACAUUUAUAGAAAGUCAGUAUUGUACAUGUGGCGUCCACACAGGACGAUUUUCUGCGCUUUGAAAAUGAUACAUAUUUAACUUAAAAUAGCAAAUGUACAAUAAAUCAAAUAACAUGAAUCAGAUUUUUGCUCUAGUCACAAGUUUGUAAGUUAAAUUCAAAAUUCAAAAAGCUCGUUAUGGAAGACAACAAGGCGACAAAAUAUAUUGCUUAAUAGUUUUAACUAAAGUCACAGAUCGUAAUUAUUGCCAUUUUCUAUCUUUUUUUAUCAAUAUCCAAUAUUCCACAUAUUUCUCUUUUACUAAUCAUGAUAUUCACAGUGAUCUAGUUGCAUAUCGUCUCUUAAAACGCACAGUUUAACUUAUUUAAACGUUUGCUCACAGUUUCCGCAGCAGCACAGACGCACAGAUUUCAGUUUUUGUUUUUUGGGAAACAUGAAUUGUAUAAAAAAUAAGACUCGGUGCUUUCAGCUGCAGAAGCCUCCAUCCUCAGAGGAAGUUGCCCGUAGACGCUGCAUGCGUGAAGAAUGGAGCUGCUGUUGUUCACCUCUUCCCUGUUCAGUUAUAGCCUUGACGUUUCUCUAUAUUAUAUAUCUAAUCAAAGUUAGCAGCUGUAUAAAACCCAGUGUCCAGUCCUGCAUGCUCCACUUCUCCCUGUGCGUAUUUGCCGUGCAGCAAUAAAUAACAGAGGUAAAAGGAAAGCUCACACGUGACACGCUGUGCAAAAUAAAAAUAUUUGAUUACCAGUGUUUACCUUUAUCAUAAAUAUUUCCAUAAAGAUAUGAAAGGUGUUUUCUAGGCCGAAUCCUUGGCUCAUCUGGGACGCAGGGAGGAUUUCUAAUGCCGGCCCGUCACGCAGGGGCUGCACACACAGACAGGAGACCUUGUGAGAGCAACAUGCAAUCUGUCACCAUCGUCACAGCACUUCUCUGAUAAACUAAAUUUACAGUAAACUGUCAGCGUGAUGUAUUUAUCUUAAAUAGACCUUCACUGCACAGUGCAUGCUCUGAGAGGGAGCACCGCAUCUGGAGUUGUUAACGUAUUUUGUCCUCUAAUACUAAUAACAGAAAUGAUCCAACACGAGCCUGUAACGGAUUCUGUUGAGGAAAACGUGUGUUAAAACUUUGUGCAAAUUAUUACCAUUGUUUCCAGAUGCUGCCUUUUAGUCCAACGGUCAAUUGGAUUGUUAUUAUCCAAUUACAUUUUCGAAACAAGCUGCAGUGUUUGAGAGAUUUCCAGAUGCUUUAAUGCGUCUUUACGCACAGCACAGCAGCACAUUGCAGGCCUACGUGAGAUAACAUAGGUGUUAGGCUUCUUAUCUAAAGUGCUUAUUUUGUAGCUCUGAAUAGUGUUUUUAUGAUGAUGUUUUACUAAACUAAGCAGCCUAAAUUUAAAGGGAAAAAAGAUAUAUAGUCCACAGCAACAAGUCUAGAGAGCAGAACUAUUCACGCAAGGCUAAGUUACUGUAAGUGGAUAAUAGCCUGAAUGACCUGGCCCAUAUUUAUACAGGAACUAUAAUAGAAUGGCAGCAGACUGUAAAUUUAGAUAUCAUGUGAAGACGUCUUACCGCUGACAUUAUGUUGACAUAUUGCCUCUCAGGUGGUCUCUCGGCCAUACGGAUACAGUGGAUAUAUGGUAGAAAGUACAUCAUCUGCCAUUUACAAUGAGUUACGUUGGCUGUAAGAUACACAAGACAGCCGCAGCAGCAGCUCUGCCUCACAGCAACACUGUGCUAACAUGGAAAAAGAAAAUCAUUUUUUAAGCAGAGCAAAAUGGGGGCCCUUCCUUUGGCUGCUGCAUGGAAUAAGAUGUCACCUGUUUUAAGUCUUCAGCAUCAGCACAUCCAAAAAAUAGAAAUUCUGAGAAUGUGAAAGAAAAAAAAAAAAAGAAAUGUGUUGAAUGUUAAAUAUGUGAGUUGCCUGUUCCUGUUUAGAAGACCACCACUCUCCAUUUCCCCCUCGUAGCUCGAAGUGGGAAUUUUUUUCCAUAUAGUUGUUGGUCUUUUUGCGCAUUUUAAAAUUCCUCUGGGGACCAUCCUGGGUGCUGACCCCUCGCUAAGUGCUCCCCAACAGACCCCGCAGAACUGAAGUCCAAGUCCGGGGUGAAUCCCAGGUCACCGCGUCUAACAGAUAUGAAAAUGUCGCCUCUUUGGAAAAGAGGGGGCACGCCUUGUUGUUUAACAAAGACUGUCAAUGGGCAAGAUUAAUCAGAAACAAAAUGGAAACGGUGUCACUUUGGGGUCAGGCAGAAGUUAUCUCUGUUUAGGGGAGCGAAUAGAAUAGGGGAGGACCAGGAGGAGAAGGGAGAAGGGAAAAAAAGAACUGGAGAAAAGAAAAGAAAGCUUUCAAUAUUUCCGAAGUUUGGCCUCUUGUUUCUCCAAGCAGAGGCCUUGUUGACGUGGACAGUGUGGAUCAGCUGCCGCAUCUUCCGGGGACUCACAUACAGUGUGACACCUCGGACAUGGAGACGAAACAUCAGGACCUGGACGUGAAGGCAGAUGGCGCAGAGCACGAAAUCCAGCCGAGUGAAUUCAGGCCAUCGCAAGGUCUCCGAGACACCUUGAGCCGCCUUCGGUUCACCCGAGGAGGCCAUUGGCGGAGAGGCGUCACGUGACCACGGGGUGCCAAUGUUAUUCUACACGGGUGUCAAGACCCUGUCAGUUUCUGAAAUAAAUAUUGGGAAACGGCGAGAUGCAAAAGGCAACCUACUACGACAGCUCCGCAAUUUACAGUGGCUACCCAUAUCAAAGCGCAAAUGGCUUCAGUUAUGAUGCCAAUCAGGUCCAAUAUCCCCGGGCCUCUCAUGUGGAAAGUGAGUACCAUCGACCUGCCUGCUCCCUGCAGUCUCCUGACGGCUCCGUGGCGCUGCAGAAGCCGGGGGAGAUGGCGGAGGGCUGCGACAGGACCACAGCCAUUCAGGCGGCGCAGUCCCAGGUCCAUCCCGAAAGCAAUCAACCGCAGGUGCCGGUGUCAGGUCCGCCCCCUCCCUCCCAAUCCCCCGGUGCCAUCAGCCAAAACGCGAGCAACGGGUCCAGCCAGCCCGGUGCCAAGAACGACUCACCGACCACCAACGCGCGAGGCAAACAGAUCUUCCCCUGGAUGAAGGAGUCCCGUCAGAACACCAAGCAGAAACCCAACGGUAGCACCAGUUCAGUGGAGAGUUGCCCCGGAGACAGGAGUCCCCCAGGGUCAGCGGCGUCGAAGAGGGCCCGGACAGCUUACACCAGCGCCCAGCUAGUGGAGCUGGAGAAGGAGUUCCACUUCAACCGGUACCUCUGCAGACCCCGGAGGGUGGAGAUGGCGAACCUGCUCAACCUCACCGAGAGACAGAUCAAAAUCUGGUUCCAGAACCGCAGGAUGAAAUACAAGAAGGAUCAGAAGGGCGUGGGUAUGAUGCCUUCCCCUGGCGGACAGUCCCCGCGGAGCCCCGUGGGCCCGGCCUCCAGCGGUGGAGGAUACCUCAACUCUAUGCAUUCUCUUGUAAACAGUGUUCCUUAUGAAUCCCAGUCGCCAACGUCUUACAAUAAACCGCAUCAGAACGCGUACGGUAUGGCCACGUCAUAUCCCCCUCCUUUGAACAGCUCCCUCAGCAACUGCCCGCCCUCCCAGAAGAGGUAUCCCGGGACCGACUCGGCCACGCCCGAUUAUGACGCGCAUCCUCUCCAAGGCAAUGGCAACUACGGGACGCACAUGCAGGGCAGCCCCGUUUAUGUCGGCGGAGGCUACAUCGAGUCUAUGCCCAACUCCGGGGCCUCCGUUUUCGGUCUGACCCACCUCUCGCACCCGCCGUCCGCAAACAUGGACUACAAUGGAGCAAUCACAAUGGGCAACAGUCAGCAUCACGGAGUGUGUGAUCCGACACCGACGUACACAGACCUAACGCCGCACUACUCUCAGGGAAGAAUCCAGGAAGCGCCCAAACUGACGCAUCUGUAGCGGUGGCGCAGCUCGGAUCACUCCGCCCAUUGUCUUACCCACCUACAGACACAUUACCGCUUUGUUUCUGCGCCUCCACACGGCUUCCACCUCCUCUCCGCUUUUGUUUAUGUUUUCUAUAGUUUUGAUGUGUGAAGUAGCGUAGGAUGAAUAAUCACGACUUGCUUGGAUUUUUUUUCUCUAUUUGCUCGUGUCAUUGUCUUUCAAAGACCUUUAUCUGGGCUGUAGGACUCUAGAGCGGGAGGGAGGGGGGCACAGUAUAUGCAUAGGCCUAUUUAAUCUUUUUUUGUUUUUUUUAAAAAACUUGUUUUUAAAGCUGAAACGCAAACAGGGUAUUAUGAACGUAUGUUAUUCAUUUUUAAUGUGAAUUUGUCCGUAUUUUUUUAUUUAUCCGCAGUUGAAGAAUUGUGUUUUGCAUUUUGUUGCACUUGUGAAAGGAUCCUUCAGGAGCCACGAGCUCGGAUUAUGAGGGAAACACAUUUUCAAAAAGAAAAAAAAAUCAAGGGUCAUGAGCUUAAACGCAGCCCCCUUGCUUUUGUUUAGUUCUAUUGGACUUUUUCUAAUGUUAUUUAUUUUGUUUGGUGUUAAGAUAAGAGUCCUUUAGUAUUAUUUGACCCCCCUGCAAUCUUUGUGUGGGGAGAAGGUUGAUGGAUAUUAGCGUGUCGGCCCUCUACAUGUAGUCUGCAGCUCCCCAGCAGCAGCAGCAGCAGCAGCACCAUGUUGGUAUUAUAGCCUAUGUUUCCAUUUUUUUUUUUUUCUUCGAGGAGGUAUUUUGUUUUCUCCACCAAUGUAAAAUCAAUCAGUCAUGCAAUAAGUGUGGAUGGAGAAGGGACACACGUUAGCAGUUUCUUUAUUGAAGAAAAAAAAGGAACAGACCAUCAUCAAUUUUCUUUUCGAUGUCAUACAUUCCAUGCUGCUCCAGUUCGAAGAAAUGAAUAAAAAGAAUUGAAAUAUAA